AUGCCGCCUUCACUUCGCCGACGAGGAGGCCAAGCACACCAAUAUCCCCAAGACACAUCCAGCGACGCAGAACUAGACGGUCGCCAAGAUGUCGAAGAAGAAGAGCAGGAUGCCUCCGCCGCCGACGACGACGAAACCCUUGGCGACGACCUAAUCGGCCUCGAAGGCGAUGAAGAAGACCAAGAAGAAGACGACGAAGGUGACGAAGAACUCGGUUCAGAAGAUGGUCUCGUAUCCCCAAACCUUCCCUCGGACAGUCUACCCAACCUCGACCCUCCCCCACCUUACCUCCGCGAAAUCUCCACCCUAGCAUCCUGGACCGUCUCUUCUUCUAAACCAGGCUGUUCCAUUCCCCAACUGCGGCACCCAAAUACGAACCUCUUCUGGCAAUCCGAUGGACCACAGCCUCACUAUCUCAACAUCCAUUUCUUCAAACUCGUCCGUAUUGUGGGAUUGAGACUGUACCUCGACUUUGAACAAGACGAGAGUUAUACGCCCACAAAGAUCAUCUUCCUCGCUGGCAGCGGGCUGAACGACCUCCAGGAAUGGGGCGAGAUGCGAUUGGAGAGUCCGCGGGGAUGGAUCUGGGCUGAUUUCUCGGGGGUAGGAGAUCCGGAUAGUGAUGAUGAGGGUGGUGACGACGACGACGAAGAAGGUGAUGGAGGAGGAAACGCAGGCGAACGGCCACAACGUCUCCUCACAGACGCCUUGCACCUGAACGGGAGAAGAGGAGGCAACGACGCAUCUUCUGAUUCUGAAAACGCGGCGCCGGGCCAAGGAGGGGAUCUGGAUAUGCAAACUCCAGGACAGCAAGAUACGCCUAUACCUCCGUAUCCUUCAUACGACACACCCCAACCCAGCCAACCCAGCCAACCCAGCCAACAGUCACAACCCCCUCCACCAGGCACCCGCACCCGCACCCGCCGCGCAAACCUCCACCCAAACCCCACCAUCACACCCACCACCCAAAACCAUCCCCCAUCUACCCCCAUCCCCCCUCAAACACAACAAACACAACCGCAAACCCUCCCUCGUCCCCACCCCCGCGCACCCUUCGCCUCUCUCUCACCCAACCCCGCACCCCGCCCCGCUCCCAGCAAUACCUUCUCAACCCCACGGCUACCUGUGCUGCGAGCGCAUCUGGUUCAAAUCAAGAUAUUGGAGAAUCACCAGAAUGGCAAGGAUACGCAUUUGCGCGGCUUACAAAUCUUUGCUCGCAACGACGAAGACGGGUUUAAGGGAGGCGGUGGUGGUGGGGGGCAGGGACAUAAGGGUGUGACGGCGAGGAUAGAAGGAGCUGGAGGGGCGGGAGGGAUGAGGGAGAUGGUGAGGAGGGAGAAGAAGGAGAGGAGGAGGAGGGAGGAGGUGCUGGAGUUGGGUGGGGGAGUUAUGGGGAUGGGGAUGAGUAUGGGUGGAGGUGGAGGAGGGAUGGGGGGUAUUAGAUAA